CCCUUAACCGAUCCCCGACAAACUCCGACCGCUCUCUCCAUCUCCACUCUCAGUUUCUGCAGAAAUGUCGGCCGCCAAAGUCAUCCAGGAAAACACCCCCGCCGAGAAGGAAAUGUUCGUCAUUAUCGACGUCUAUCACAAGUACUCCGAAAAAGGCGGCGACCGAGACGGGCUGGAGAAGGCGGAGUUCGAAGAGAUGGUCAUCCAGGAAGCCCCACACUUCUACAAGAAGGUGGUCAAGAACCGCGACGCCCUGAACAAGAUCUACAAGGAAGCCAACGUGGACGGGGACAAAAAGUUGUGCUUUAAAGAGUUCGUUAUGGUGCUGAGCCGCAUCUCCAUCGAAGCCCAUGACAGAUCCCACGAGGUAGAAAAUCCUUGCCAGGAUACGCUCCCAGGUCGGGACCGCCCCGGUCAGACCCCUACUCAAGGGCCCACUGAGGAGGGCCACGACCACGGUCACCACCACUGAGUGCGGUCGUCGAGAAGGGGAGGGGGCCGGACGAGUCCAGCUUGACCGCCCCAACACCCCUCUCCCCUCCCCACCGCCAACCCUGAAUGGAAAAAGCGAAAAUCCGGAGGCGAAACCCUCGGGGGCUGCUCCUGCCUCUGUGAUAGACACCACUAAUAAACGUUUUCCGCUUUCACGCUGA